CAGCGUUGAACCUGCUGGAUGGCGUCAGGCGGUUCAGUCGCGAUUCGACCGGCGCCGGUGACGGUUCGUCAUCACGAGAGACUGUUGGCUUUUCGUGAAGGAAAGAAAGAAAGAAGGAAGGAAGGAAGGAAGGAAGGAAGGAAGGAAGGAAGGAAGGAAGGAAGGAAGGAAGGUAGGAAGGAGGAAGCCGUAGCGCGUGUGAAACACAUCAGUAUCAUCGUGUCGUAUCCUCAGCGUCGCGCGCAACGCCGAGUGAGACACUCACGUGCUCUCGUUCAAUUAUCAGUGUCGCACAUGGGAUACCCGAGAACGAGAGACAUUCCGUAGACGUGAGAAUUCAGACAGAAGGUGACUCGGUGCGUUCGUAAAGAGCUAAGAACGAUUUCAAUUACUGGAAGAGACUCGAGAAAAACUAGUCUCGUCAAGGCGAGAAAGAGGGCUUCGAGGGAGAAGAGGAACAGUCAGGAUGACUAAGAGGUCUCUCCUUUAGAUUAGAGCGAAUAAGUGUAAUGAGUGGAUCGCGCGAUGGCCUCUCCUUGCCUCAACGACACUUACUCAGAAUCUGCCGUGGAGCAUCUGCCUUCCGGUCUUCCGUAUCGAGAUUCUCUGUACAUAGUAAUACCGGUCACCGUCAUCUACGCGUCGAUCUUUCUCACCGGUAUCAUCGGCAACAUCAGCACGUGCAUCGUGAUCGCACGCAACAAGUCCAUGCACACCGCCACCAACUACUAUCUCUUCAGUCUGGCCGUAUCGGACCUGUUGCUACUGGUAUCAGGCCUGCCGGCGGAGAUAUACCUGGUCUGGUGCAAAUAUCCGUACAUUUUUGGCGAGGGCUUCUGCGUCCUACGCGGCCUCGCCGCAGAAACGUCGGUUAACGCGUCGGUACUCACCAUCGCCGCCUUCACCGUCGAGAGAUACGUGGCAAUCUGCCAUCCGUUCCUCUCGCAGACUCUGUCGAAAUUGUCGCGCGCGAUCAAGCUGAUCCUCGUGAUCUGGCUGGUAGCCUUGUCCUUUGCGCUACCGCAGGCUCUGCAGUUCGGCGUGAUGCAACACAGCGGCUACUCCGACAUGGUUAUGUGCACGGUCAAGAGAAUCAUCAUCAGCCAUUCGUUUGAGCUCUCCACGUUUCUGUUUUUCGUCAUGCCGAUGUGCCUGAUUACGGUACUCUACGCGCUCAUCGGCCUCAAGCUCAGAAAGUCGAACAUAAUGAAGAAUGUGUCUGGUAGAGUCGAGUCGACGAGAAAUUGCAGACACCAUCCCGGUAGAUCGUCGAGAAGGGUGCUGAAGAUGUUGGUCGCGGUCGUUAUAGCGUUCUUUAUCUGUUGGGCGCCGUUUCACGUGCAACGAUUGGUCGCGAUAUACGGGACCAAUACGGAGGAUCACCUGACGUCGAACGGUCCGUGGAUGGAAUUCCUUUACCUCCUGAUGACCUAUGUGUCGGGUAUUCUCUAUUACGUGUCCACAACGAUCAAUCCGAUUCUUUACAACAUCAUGUCGAACAAAUUUCGUAUGGCGUUCAUGGAAACAUUGUCCGGAAGCUGCAACUUCCCCGGAUUGCCAACGCGUCACGAGCAACGAUCCUACUCCAGUCUGUCCCGAUCCCAGCAACGCACAAUCGGCGCUUACAAUUCGAGGACAGCGGAAAUCAGCCGGGGAUCCGGCAUGAUGGUGGACAGUAUGGACGGUUCAGGGAAUUCCGGCCAUGAGGCCGCGAGCCAGAAGCAAGCUGAAAAAGAUGAGCAGCUAGAGUCCGGCGCUCCUAGCAACGGACAUCGUAAGCUACAGGAGAUUGGCGGUAAGGGUCGAUCGAUCCGCAGGAAUCAGGACUCCGUUGCUCCGAAGCCGACAACGAGCGCAAGGUACAAGACCGCCGCGUCCAAUACCGACAGUUCCAACAAGAAAUGGUGGAGGCUACUCAAAUGGCUGCCGGGACUAAAAGUACUCCAGUUCCCCGGCAGGCUAGCGAUAGCCGAAGAUCGUGCGCUCGACCAGUCCGCCAGUCGUCGUGAGGAACUGCCCAUGACGAUGUGGAACAUGUGCGACGAUCACCGACCCGUAUGAGACGCGGCCGUGUGAGAUCUUGGAGAAGACCCGCGUCUUCUGUCGACGAUAAGACUAACGAUUGUCGCCUGAUUGAAGACCUACGAACAUCACAUGACUGACGAACGUAGUUUGAAGGAGUCUUGGAGAGUCAAAGGGACUGGGGGUGGAUUCCGACGUCUGCCGACACGACGAUGUCGGUGAUUGUUGAAAGUUUGAGACUGGAUAUCUAAGAGAAGGGACACAGAAAGAGAAAGAGCAAUGUGUACCAUGUAUAUACCGCUAAGGGAUAUAUCCGUCGAAGAGAAGAAGAAAUCUCAAAGAAGACUGAAUAACAGGCGAUAAUUCGACUCGCGAGGCUCGUAGAGAAAUUAAUAUUAGAGGAAUUUUCAGCAUGUCCAAGAAACAGAAGAAACGAGAAUCUGUCAAAUCGAUCCGCUGUCGGUUAGACCAGAGCGAAUACUCGAAGUUUCUCACUGAUGACUGCCGUGCGCUUCAAAUGCACUAGGCGAAAUCGAUCAAACUCGAAAGAGAACGGAACGUCGAAAGAUCAAACGCAUGUCAGAAAUAGUCUAACGACUUUACAAAUUGAACAGUAUAUCACGAUUUGUCUCAUAAAGCAUCCCGCAAUACAGUUUCCUCGAAUAUACACUCAUUGAUCACUGAGAGAGAUUUUCUUUUAUAUUUCCUAUUCGAUUCGUACUAAAUAACAUAAACAUUUCGCGCGAGUCAUCCUUUUACGAGUUUUUAUAUUCCUAAUAUUAAAGAACUCAGUCUUUAAGAGUAUCUAAAGAAUAUAUAUAUAUAUAUAUAUAUAUAUAUAUAUAUAUAUAUAUA